AUGUCCAACUCCAGCGAGGCAGAGCUCCUGCACACAUUUAAGGGGAUUCCCUUUACCACCAGGUCUUCUCCAGAACUUUUAAAAUCCUUGGAUACUUUUGAUGCUAGAGAAGAUGAUGUCCUUCUGGUUUCCUAUCCCAAAUCUGGGACCCACUGGCUUGCAGGAGUUAUAACAAAACUUUACAAUACUCAAGUUACAAUAACAUCUCCCAUUGAAUUUGGAGACAUUUCCCAACUGGAGGAGCUGAAUAAACUCUCAUCAAAGAGAAUCAUCCCAACACACUUAGACUACAACAUGUUGCCUCCAAAUUUUAAGAAUAAGAAAUGCAAGAUGAUCUACAUCAGCAGAAAUCCAAAAGACACUGCAGUUUCCAUGUUUCAUUACUACAGAGAUAACCCAAACCUUCCCACUGUAGACACCUGGCCUGCUUUCUUUGACUUGUUCUUAAAAGGCAAUGUUGUCUGUGGAUCCUGGUUUGAUCAUUUCCUAAGCUGGGAAGAACAUGAAGAUGAAAAAAACAUCCUCUUUUUGUUCUAUGAAGACAUGAAGAAGGAUCUCCCUAAGGUUGUAAAGAAAAUCACUUUGUUCCUGAGUUUAAACGUCAGUGACAGCGACAUCCAAGACAUCUGCAAGAAGUCUUCGUUCUCAGAGAUGAAGAAUGACACAGAAAAGGAGAACAGCGAUCCCACUCACACCGUGUGUGCUCUGACAUCCAACAGGAAGCUGAUCUUCCGAAAAGGUGCUGUUGGUGAUUGGAAGAACUACUUCACUCCAAAGCAGAAUAUUAGGUUUCAGGAGAUAUUUAAUGAGAAAAUGAAACUCAGCAAGAUGGCAGACAGUUUCAUCUAUGAAUUUUGAGUCCACGUGAAGAAUCAUAUCAAGUUAUCAACAAAUAUACACAGACCA